UUUAUUAACAACCUUCAUAACCAGCUCUUUGCUCCAUUUUCAUUGUCUCCCUCACAUAUACAUUGAAUUUAAGCUCAUAAUCUUCCAUUGCAAAUUAAUCCACAGCAACUGCAUUAUAUUUAGAUUGAUUAAGUCCAAUUUUUCUUGUAUCAAAGGGAGAAAAAAGAGUUUUUUUGAGGGUGGUGGUUGAAAUUUUGCAACAACUCUGAUACCAUUUGUGUAGUAGGUAGUUGCGACGAAUUGGAGAUGGAUCGCGUGGCGAGGUUGGCGUCGCAAAAAGCAGUGGUGAUCUUCAGCAAGAGCUCGUGCUGCAUGUGCCAUGCAAUCAAGAGGCUGUUUUACGAGCAAGGGGUGAGCCCAACGGUCCACGAGCUCGACGAGGACUCGAAAGGGAGGGACAUGGAGUGGGCUCUCAUGCGACUAGGGUGCAACCCCGCUGUCCCGGCCGUGUUCAUCGGUGGCAAAUUUGUGGGCUCUGCUAACACCGUCAUGUCCCUCCAUCUCAAUGGCUCUCUCAAGAAGAUGCUUAGAGAUGCCGGAGCCAUCUGGCUCUAAUCGAAAACACUACGUGGACUUGAGAUUAAUAUUAAGGAGAGAUUUCUCUUCAAUCUACAAAGUGGACUUGAAUGUCUAAUUAUUAGGGUCUUAUUUUAGUGGUUUGAAUAAUUUAUUCCGUGAGCAUUUAUGUGUAGAUCAUAUAUGAAAGGGGGAGAAAAAAAAUAAAUUGACUUGAUAAUUGUAACCAUAUAAUUUCUUAUAUUUUUCUUUAUAAAAUAGACGAUCUAUCGUUCGUUUUUUACUGAUAAAUAUAAUAAAGUUAAGUGAACACAAUUAUUAGAUCAACUUAUUUUUUUUUAUGAAUGAUCUACGUGCAAGAGUCUAUAACAUUAAUGGCUCAAUGUACCGAAAUGGAACCAUGAUGGACUCACUAGCUCAAGCUGCUGCAUUUGUGGACUACGUGCACCGAAGAAAAUUUCAUCUCACGCAUUUAGAAUAAAUCUCAAUUGUACAAUUUUAUUUCUAUUUCUGUGUAUUUAAUAUUUUGGGGGUUUAAUUAGUAACUAUAUAUAAUAUAUAUAGUCAUAAUUUUGUGUCUUAAAAUAAGGUCAAUUUAAUUGUACCAGUCGCUUUAUUUUCCUCUUCUCCUUCAUAUUGGCGGCUCUAAUGUGUACGUUGUAUGUAAAUGCUAUGUAGAGUUUGUAUCA